GGUCCACAAGAAAUUCUACUUCUUGCUAGAAGAACUGAUAUAAGAAGAAUAUCUUUGGAUACUCCUGAUUAUACUGAUGUUGUGUUACAAUUACAAGGGAUUCGUCACACUAUUGCAGUAGAUUAUGAUCCAGAAGAACAUAAGAUAUAUUGGACAGAUGACGAAACCCAAAUGAUAAGAAGAGCUUAUCUGAAUGGAAGUGAGCAAGAAGAUUUGAUAACAACAGAAGUCCAUCAUCCUGAUGGAAUUGCCAUUGAUUGGAUUGCACGUAAUUUGUAUUGGACUGAUACUGGAACUGAUAGAAUUGAAGUUUCUAGACUUAAUGGAACAUCUCGGAAAAUUUUAAUUACUGAAAAUCUUGAUGAACCAAGAGCCAUUGUGCUUGAUCCAGUUGAGGGGUAUAUGUAUUGGACGGACUGGGGUUCGAAACCAAUGAUUGAACGAGCAGAGUUAGAUGGAACGCACAGAACAACUAUUAUCAAUACUUCUCUUGAUUGGCCAAAUGGAUUAGCUAUAGAUUAUGAAAAAAGGAAAUUAUAUUGGGGAGAUGCAAAAUUAGAUAAAAUUGAGAUGGCAAAUUUAGAUGGAUCGGAUAGAAGGGUGUUAGUUUCUGAUCAGCUCUCUCAUAUAUUUGGAUUUAGUUUGCUUGGUGAUUUUGUUUAUUGGACUGAUUGGCAGCAGAGGUCAAUAGAAAGAGUUCAUAAAGAAACUGGUGAUAUGAGAGAAACUAUUAUUGAUCAACUUCCAGAUUUAAUGGGCUUAAAAGCUGUAAAUAUUUUUGUAAAGCAUGGUACCAAUCCUUGUGCCAUAAAUAAUGGAAAUUGUAGCAACUUGUGUUUAAAUAAACCCGAAAAUAAAUAUAUAUGUUCUUGUCCUAUGGGCUUGGAAUUAGCUUCUGACCUUAGAACUUGUAUUGUACCUGAAGCAUUUUUGUUGUUUUCAAGGCGGGUUGAUAUCAGACGAAUAUCUUUGGAAUCAAAACAUAAUGAUGUUAUUCCUAUUUCGGGAAUAACGGAAGCAAGUGCCUUAGAUUAUGAUAUUAAUGAUGAUCGUAUUUAUUGGACAGAUGUAUAUCAAAAAACAAUAAAUAGAGCUUUUAUGAACGGUAGUAAUGUUGAACAUAUUAUUGAAUUUGGGUUACAAUAUCCUGAAGGCAUGGCAGUUGAUUGGAUAGCACACAAUUUAUAUUGGACUGAUAUGGGGUCAAAUCGUAUUGAAGUUUCUCGCCUUGAUGGUUCAUCUAGGAAAGUGUUGCUGUGGCAGGAUUUAGAUGAUCCAAGGUCAAUAGCCCUUGAUCCAAGUGAUGGUCUAGGUGAUUUUGUUUAUUGGACUGAUUGGCAGCAGAGGUCAAUAGAAAGAGUUCAUAAAGAAACUGGUGAUAUGAGAGAAACUAUUAUUGAUCAACUUCCAGAUUUAAUGGGCUUAAAAGCUGUAAAUAUUUUUGUAAAGCAUGGUACCAAUCCUUGUGCCAUAAAUAAUGGAAAUUGUAGCAACUUGUGUUUAAAUAAACCCGAAAAUAAAUAUAUAUGUUCUUGUCCUAUGGGCUUGGAAUUAGCUUCUGACCUUAGAACUUGUAUUGUACCUGAAGCAUUUUUGUUGUUUUCAAGGCGGGUUGAUAUCAGACGAAUAUCUUUGGAAUCAAAACAUAAUGAUGUUAUUCCUAUUUCGGGAAUAACGGAAGCAAGUGCCUUAGAUUAUGAUAUUAAUGAUGAUCGUAUUUAUUGGACAGAUGUAUAUCAAAAAACAAUAAAUAGAGCUUUUAUGAACGGUAGUAAUGUUGAACAUAUUAUUGAAUUUGGGUUACAAUAUCCUGAAGGCAUGGCAGUUGAUUGGAUAGCACACAAUUUAUAUUGGACUGAUAUGGGGUCAAAUCGUAUUGAAGUUUCUCGCCUUGAUGGUUUAUCUAGGAAAGUGUUGCUGUGGCAGGAUUUAGAUGAUCCAAGGUCAAUAGCCCUUGAUCCAAGUGAUGGGUAUAUGUAUUGGAGUGAUUGGGGAUCUAAUCCACGUAUUGAAAAAUCUGCAAUGGAUGGAUCAGACCGAACUAAGAUUAUUUCUAAAGUAAAAAGAGCAAAUGGACUUACUAUUGAUUAUACAGAUAGAAGAAUAUUUUGGAUUGACAUUGAUUCAAAGAUUAUUGAAUCGGCAGAUUUAACAGGAGGAAAUCGUCAACAAGUUAUUCCAAAAUCAUUACCGAAUCCCCAUGCCCUGACUCAGUAUCAGGGUAAUAUUUAUUGGUCAGAUUGGGAUACUCGCACAAUAGAAAGAGCAUCAAAAAUUACUGGAGAGAAUCAGAUACAUAUUCAGAAACAACUUGAUUUUGUUGUGGAUAUUGUUGUGUAUCAUACCUCUAGACAGUCUGGUUGGAAUCCAUGUGCAGUUAAUAAUGGUGGAUGUUCUCAUCUAUGUCUUGCCCUGCCAAGUAAAAGUCAACAUAAAUCAUACAACUAUUGUUGUGCCUGUCCUAGUCAUUAUGAAUUAGCAUCAGACAACAAAACUUGUUUGAGUCCAAAGAAUUUUAUUUUAUUUAGCCAGAAAAAUAAUAUUGGUAGAAUGAUACCUGAUUUGCAGAACACUCCUGAGAUCAUGCUUCCCAUCUCUCAUCUAAAACAUGUGAGAGGUCUUGAAUAUGAUUAUAUAGACAAAUUCAUUUAUUGGAUAGAUGGCAGGUCUCAAACAAUUCGAAGGGGUUAUGAUAAUGGAACAAAGAUGAGUGUUGUUGUACAAAGUCUCAAUGAAUUGAUUCAUCCAAUUGAUAUGGCAAUAGAACCAUAUUCUCGUAGUCUGUAUUGGUCAUGUGCACGACACAAUGUUAUUAAUGUAACAAAAUUAAAUGGAAAAGCUAUUGGAAUUAUCAUCAGUGGUGAUGAUCAGAAACCAAGGCAUAUAGCAAUUCAUCCUAAUAAAGGGUACAAUUUUGUAAUAAUAAAUCAUAAUCAUAAUGUNGUGUAUCAUACCUCUAGACAGUCUGGUUGGAAUCCAUGUGCAGUUAAUAAUGGUGGAUGUUCUCAUCUAUGUCUUGCCCUGCCAAGUAAAAGUCAACAUAAAUCAUACAACUAUUGUUGUGCCUGUCCUAGUCAUUAUGAAUUAGCAUCAGACAACAAAACUUGUUUGAGUCCAAAGAAUUUUAUUUUAUUUAGCCAGAAAAAUAAUAUUGGUAGAAUGAUACCUGAUUUGCAGAACACUCCUGAGAUCAUGCUUCCCAUCUCUCAUCUAAAACAUGUGAGAGGUCUUGAAUAUGAUUAUAUAGACAAAUUCAUUUAUUGGAUAGAUGGCAGGUCUCAAACAAUUCGAAGGGGUUAUGAUAAUGGAACAAAGAUGAGUGUUGUUGUACAAAGUCUCAAUGAAUUGAUUCAUCCAAUUGAUAUGGCAAUAGAACCAUAUUCUCGUAGUCUGUAUUGGUCAUGUGCACGACACAAUGUUAUUAAUGUAACAAAAUUAAAUGGAAAAGCUAUUGGAAUUAUCAUCAGUGGUGAUGAUCAGAAACCAAGGCAUAUAGCAAUUCAUCCUAAUAAAGGGUUAAUAUUUUGGACAAAUUUGAUGCAUCCUCCUAGAAUUGAAAAAUCAAGUUUAGAUGGUUUAAAUAAACAAAUUAUAAUCAAAGAUGGAUUGACUCAGCCUGGAGCCUUAGCUGUAGAUAUAAUAAAUAAUCUUAUAUUUUGGUCAGAUCUGAAUGCUAAAACAAUUGAAACAGCUGAUCUCGAUGGCUCUAAAAGACAAAUCAUUGUAACAGGAAGCCUUUUUCAACCUGUGUCAUUGACUGUUUUAGGAGAUUAUCUUUAUUGGAUUGAUAAGGAUCAACAAAUUAUUGAAAGAGUUAAUAAGUUAAAUGGUAAAAAUCAGCAUAAAUUUCAAUACAGACCUUCACAUCUUACAGAUAUAGUGGCUGUUUCUCCUUUAGAAGGAAACAGUAGUCAUCCUUGUUUUGUUAAUAAUGGUGGUUGUUCACAUUUGUGUAUUAUGAAUGAUAAAGGUGAAAAAUAUUGUUCCUGUCCCAUUGAUCUCAUCCUUGAGAAAAAUGAAAAAACAUGUAUAAAUCCACCUGUAUGUGGUCCCGAUCAAUUUAGAUGUCAGUCGGGAAAAAUGAGUUGCAUUCCAGAAGCUUGGAGAUGUGAUGGUUUUGUGGAAUGUGACGACAUGUUGGAUGAACUAAACUGUACUGAAUGCAAAUCUAAUCAAUACAAGUGCAAAAAUGAUAAAUGUAUUGAUCCAAAACUAGUGUGUGAUGGAGUUCCUAAUUGCCCAAAUGGAGAAGAUGAAGCAUGUUGCCAGAAAGAUCAAUACUAUUGUGCUGCACUUAAAAAAUGUAUCAGUUUGACCAUCAUAUGCCAGACGGAAGAAUGUUCAGAGAGCUUGGAUGAAGCUUCAUUGCAUUGCAAACAAGUAGUAGGAUUGAUGAAAAUGGAAACGAGUUUUGAAAUAAAAGCAAAUUAUACAAUUGGAAUUGUAGUAGCUGUGCUUGUCUUAAUAGUUCUUGCAAUAUGGGCAUAUUUUUGCAAACGAAAAACCCAGGACUUUGAUAAUAAUGAUGAUACUACAGAGAUAAAUAUGAGUAAUAAACCUCUUACUGUUCAACAUAAAUCUCAGGCUCAAAAUUCACAAUCUGUUAUUAUCCCAAUUAAUUUUGGCAAUAAUAAUAGUUCUAAUAAUAUUUGUAUGGGACACUUGCCAAACAGUUGUCAGAUGUAUGAUCAAAAUCAUGUGGUAGGAGGCUCUUCCACUAGUUCUAUGGAUACUCCAUAUCCUCAAGAAACACUUAACCCUCCUCCCAGUCCAGUAACUGUUUUAUCUCAGUGUACCGAAUAUUGCUGUUCUUCACAUACGAGACCAUCAUUGAGAUCGUACAAGUAUCAACGUGCAUAUCAACCUCCACCUCCUCCAACUCCCUGCAGCACAGACGUCUGCGAUGACAGCGAACCAUAUUCUUAUAGACAAUUAUAUUAUAAUAUCAGAUUAGAAUCAUCAUAUGAUUCUGAUCCUUAUCCUCCACCUCCCACACCAAGAAGUCAUUACUUUUCUGAUGAUAAUUGUGGAACGUGUCCUCCUUCUCCUUCAACAGUCAGAAGCUUCUAUAAUCCUUUACCCCCGCCACCGUCUCCUGUUCCAGAAUCGGACAGUUAGCAAGAAACAUGUACAAAGUGUACAGAUCAUUUUUAUCAUUGGGUCACAUCAGUAUUAAUAGGAGUAUUGUUCCUUUAACAAAUUUCUGCCACAAACUUUAUCUGACCAGCUGAAAAAAAUUGCCAUAUUUCAUUGUUAAGUAUACAUUUUCAUCAGAUAAUGCCACAAACAUUUUUUAUGAUCAAUAUUUCUUUUGACAUCUAAAUACUUCAUUAAUCAUGUAAGAUUUGGAUUUUUGGAAGAAUUCAUUUUUAAAAUAGAAUUUAUAUAAUAAGCAAAACUGAAGUUGGCCACAUUUGUAUAAUUUCUAACCUAUUAAUAUCUUUUCCAAAUCAUCCAAGAUAGCAACAUAGAUUUUAUAUAUCAUAAUUUAUUUUAUAUAACUAUAACCAGACAAAUCUGAUACUCUUCCGACCAAAGCACGAUUUUGAUAAGUGUAAAGUGUUUUAUACGCCCUCGGUAUAAAUUUUUGAAAUAAUAUAUUUUUAUAGGAAAACAUUUCUAAACAAAUCAUACGGACAAAAAUCUAGUAAUUUUUUUAUAUUUGUCAUUUCGUACAGAAGCAUACUAAAUCAUUUAUUUGAUAUAAUAUAGCUGUAACAUAUUUGAAACUAAUUUUGAAAUUACAGUAAAGAUGGAAAAAUUCCUAGUUUGCAUGCUUAAACUGAUGCAGUAUAUUAAGAGUUGUUUUUUAAUCUUCAUUACCAUAGUAUUUACAAAUUUUGGUCAGUUAUAUUUCUGUCAUGCAUUCUCCCAAUUUGAAAUUCAAAAUCUGCUUUCAGAAUAAUUUUACUUAUGUAUGAUGAAUACUAUGUAAAAAUGUCUUAUAGGCAUUAUUUUUUAUGUUUUGUGCCAAAUAUCAUCUUAAAAUUUUAAAUCCCAGUUGUUUCUUUGUAUAUGUAUUAAACUUUAGUACAUUAAAUGGUUUU